AUGUCUUCGAAACACCAAACAAGUCAGACAUGGAUUUUAGCUGAUGAACUCGAAAAACUUUUAACCAACAAGUCUGCUGAAAGAAAACUUCAAACUGUAAUAAAGAACGCGGCAUAUAUACAUGAUUUAUUUGUUAAAUUAGUCACCGUGAUUGAACAGUAUGAUAAACAAGGAAAAAAUAUCGAUCAACAAGCAGAUUUUUCGGAACAAUUAUCAAGUUUCAAAGAGUUAAUUGAGGAAAAGAUUGAAAACUCAAGUGAAAAUGUUGGUAUAAUUUCAUCAUUGGAAAAUUGUUUAGCAGCUAUAAUAGAGCAUUAUCGACUGAUUCGCAAUAAUGUUCAAACUUUGGAAGAUAUUAACCAAAAGAUCAAGGAAAAAGUUCAAGGAAAAAGGAAUAAAAAUGAUAUUGGUCGAUUAAUUAUUCGAGCUAUUGAUGAGAAAAUACCAGAUUUGAUUUCUUUUGAUCCUCGUGGUCUGAAAUCUGAAAGGGAAAAAUCAGAUAUUCUAAAACAAUAUUAUGAUCAUUUUCUCAAUUAUACACCAUUGAUUCGAGAAUUGUCAGAAAAUAUCUUCGACAAUGACGCAGAAUAUAUUUUCAAAUUGGAAAAUUUACAAGCGAAACUAUUGAGCAAAAACUCGGUUAAUAUUAAAGAUUAUUUUUUAAAAUUAAAAGACAAAAUUCUCGAUGAGAACCGAAGUUAUUCAACUGAAGUUUUAUUACGAAGUUUCGUUCAAAAUCCAUUGGUACACAUCAGUGUUUCUAAUAGUUCGAAGUUUUAUUCUUCACAAUUGAUUCAAAUAUUUGAAAAACUAAUCACAUCAGAUUACCAAAGAUGCAUUGAACCGUUGACAACAUUAAUAUAUCACUUCGAUCGAACCAUUUUUAAACAUUUCAAUUUAACUAUAUUUGAAAAGAAUGAAAUUCUCGAUUGUAUUUUCAAAACUCUCUACGAUAAAGGUAUUGAAUUAUAUUCGAAUUCCAACGGGUCGAUUUGCAGGAAAAACUUCGAAGGAAAAUUCGCGGACUUCUUCGAGUUAAUCUUAUCGAAAAAACCGGAACUAUUGCAUCGAUUACGAGAUUUGGUUAUUGACGAAAACAACAGCAAAGGAACCUUUGAUUUACUAUCGAAUAUCUAUGGUCAACAUAUUCAAAGUUUAAAAUUCAAUCUCUCAAAUGAUAUUACCAUUGUUAAGCAUUGUUUCAAUUAUCUUUAUCUAAAAUCAUUACAAUAUGAAAAACUUGCUGAUAUACCCAAACCAUCAUUAGUUGCGCGGUUAUUAUUCUAUAUUCAUACGCAUGAUAACCAAAUGUGUUCACACGAGACUGAAAAGAAACAUGAAGAAGAUUUACUUGGUUUGAAAAAUGUUUUCCUUCAAGUUUACAAUGAAGAGAAUUGCAUUCAUUUGAAUUGUCUUAUUGAAAUUUUGAAAAUGUUUAUGAAUAUUCAAACGUAUGACUUUCGUUUGAGAACUAUUAGUACAGCUAUUUGCAAAUUAAAAGAUACGUGGAAUCCGAAUGAAAAAUUCCAUAUAAAAAUUCAAACGUUACGAGAGUUUUUCAAUCACACGAAUAAUGAAAAGGAGCUUUGUUUACGUUUAGUACGAUCAUUUAAUAUUCAUUUAUUGAACGAUAUUUUCGAAGAUAAGAAUGUCGUUUUAACAAAAUUAUCGGAAUACAAUCCCAAUUUCAAAUUAUUUCUUGAGAUAAGUAAUGAAUAUGAAAAUAUUUUUCAUAUUGAUCGUAAUUUAACUCCGGGAUUUAAUAUUCCAUAUUAUUUAUCUCUUCAAUUAAUUCACGAUGAACGAUACAAUAGUACAGCAAAGAAUCAACAAAUUCUCAUGGCGGUUUUAUUCAAAGUAUUGAAUUCUUCAUCGGAAAAAGAUAAAGAAGAAUUCUUGAGAAGUACAAAUGAAUUCAACAACGAAUUUAUGAAAUUAUUUCAAUCAGUUAAUCAAUUAAUCGAGUUUUAUAAUCAAAGCGACUAUAAAGAUAUUCGUCAUGAUCUACAACGAAUGUCCAUUGGAUAUAUUUUAAAUGGUUUUGGCAGAAAAAAUGAUGGAAAUUUACAUGAGAGAAAUGAAUAUGUAAGAACAAUUAUUGAAAAUAUGAUUAAUUACAAAUUUGAACAUGUGACUAAAGUAAUUGACUCUACGAAAUCAAAUACUGAAGUAUUCAAUAUGUUUGAUAGAAUAAUAAAAAGAAAAGAUGAUUAUAAUUUCUACGAUUGGACAGCAAAUACCAGUAAAUUAGGUGACAAAUUAUAUUUCUUAUAUUGUUAUCAUCAAUAUUCAAAAGAUCAGUUUGAUACGUGGUUUAGAGAAAUCAAUCGAAAUAUAACCGAUGAAAGUUAUGUAAGAAUUCAAGAUCAUAGAAAAUCAGUCGAAAAUGAUUUUGAAGAGAAUAGUGAUGCAUUGAAACAUUUGAAUAUUAAUUAUUUACAACAUAAUCAAGUUGGUGCAUUAGCGUUAAUCUAUGAUUAUCUGGCGGAAGAUUCAUCGACAAGCAAAGCGAAUCUCUUUAUGAAAAUCGGCACGGGUCAAGGAAAAUCGUUAAUAAUUGCCGAAACAGUUCGAAAAAUUGUUCAAAUGAGUCGUAAAUCUACUGGACCAAAGCAAAAGAUAUUUGUUAUCACAUGCUCAGAUCGUCUAGCUAAAAUGGACUUUGAAAAUUUUCAAAGAUAUUACACAUAUCUUGAUAUUCAAUCCAUUUAUUGUUCGAAUGACAGUUCUAUAAAAGAUUUUUCUGAUGCAGAUGUUAUCUAUGCUGAUUUAAACACUUAUUUCAAUGUCUUAAGAAAAUAUGGAUUUAAUGCGUUGAUAAAAUCAGAGCCAAUCAAUUUGCCCGAUCUUAAUGAUGCUAUAUUAAUUAUGGAUGAAUUUGAUAGUUUAGUUCUCGAUUAUGAUCAUAUAUUUCAAGUAGUAUAUCGUUUUAAAUUAGAAAAUUAUAAUGAAACAAUGCGUCUUGAUCAUAAAGAUGAUGUUCGAAAAUUAUUUCAUGGAGUAUUUUCAAAAGAAGUGGAACAGAAAUUUGAAACUCUUAUUGACCGUUGGUGCGAAAAACUCUUAUGUGAAAAACAGGAAGAAGAUGCGAAAAAUGACAGUAGAAUGUUUCAAGAUGCACUGGGGAACGAGCAUACAUUCAGUAGUUCGUUUUUGAAAGGAUUGUUGCAAGGAUCCACAGCUAAUUUUGUUCAUUUUUAUUUGCAUCCUUUGGUGUUUUAUUGCAAAUUUAAACACAUUAUCGGAUUCUCAGGAAGUAUAACAUUAAACGGAAUGGAUCAAUUAAAAACUUUAUUUGAUAAUAAAAGUUGUCUUUAUUAUGAAAUUCCACCAUUUUUCGGCUUGUCAAACCUUCGAAAUAAUCGAACAUUUGAAAACCAACCAGGUAUUGUGGUGAAAGACACACAUGACUAUUUAAAUGCAAUUCAAGAAGAAAUCAAACGUCGCCAUUCGGAACAGCCAAUUCUCAUAUUCGCCGAUUCAUUCAAGAAAUCCUUUCAAGAAAAAUCGGAUUAUCAAUGCAUCUAUGAAAAACUAAUCGAAGCGAAACAAACAUACCUUACAAACUCAACGAUUAUCAAAAUCAUGGAAGAAACGGAUAUUCAUGAAAAUAUCCAUAGAAUUGGUAGACUCGGUUCAAUCACGUUAGCAACUCGAAUCAUUGCUCGUGGUGCUGAUAUAAAAGUGCAUAAAAAUAUCAAAAAGGGUUUACAUUUACUACUAACAUAUUAUCCUGAAAGAGAAAAUGUUUACAUACAAAUGCUUGGUCGAACUGCAAGACAAGACGCAAAAGGUUCUUAUUCCGAGAUAACAAGGACGCCGAAAAAUUUUGUUGAUGUAGUUGAAGUCAAAGUUGAUCCAAGAAAGAAAGUCUAUCAUAAUGUCAAUGAAUAUUUUUACAAAAACAUACCUUCAAAUUUCAAAGAUCAAAAUUUGGCUAUCAAAUGGAAUCUAUUUUCGUGUUUAAUGCAACAAAUGUCCGACGCAGAAUUGGAUCAAAAUGACCUAAUUAAAUUUAUUAAUAGCAAUAUUUUUAACUUGUAA